AGUCGCGGUGUCCGGGCGGCGAAGCGCGGAGCGCUGGUCCGGGCCGCGGGAACCAGCGCCCGACGGAAGCGCUGCUCCGAAACCGGUUGGGGCCCCGCAUGUCGGCGCCGCCGCGCUGUCAGCGGCCGAGGACUACAACUCCCGGCAUGCCGUGAGCCUGGCGGCCGCGCCUACAAAACGCACCGACCGCCCGCUCUCCCGGGGCCCUGCUGCCCGGGCCGCGCGCCGAGACUGGCCGCGCGCCAUGGAGGACCUGCCGCCCCAGCUGCUGGGCAGCGGCAGCAAGCCGCACCUGGAGAAGCUGACUCUCGGGGUCACCCGCAUCCUCGGGAACCUUGGCUUCAGGCGCCUGCUCAGUGCUGGUGAUGGUUUACAAUGGUGCUCUGGAUGAGGGGCUUAGCGGAACCUCUUCUUAAAGACGUGACAUCAAGUGUUGUUUUCUUUUUUCUUUGAAUCUUCCCCAGGUGUGACAGAGGUGACCAUCUUAGAGAAAGCACCUGCUGAACGUCAUAUGAUUUCUUCAUGGGAACAAAAAAACAACUGCAUACUGCCUGAAGAUGUGAAGAAUUUUUACCUUAUGACCAAUGGCUUCCACAUGACAUGGAGCGUGAAGCUGGAUGAGCAUAUCAUCCCAUUGGGCAGCAUGGCAAUUAAUGGCAUCUCCAAACUGACACAACUCAACCAGUCUUCCAUGUACUCACUUCCUAAUGCGCCGACUCUGGCAGACUUGGACGAUGAUACGCAAGAAGCCAGUGAAAACCAGCCAGAGAAACCUCACUUUGAUUCACGCAGUGUGAUAUUUGAGCUGGAUCCUUGCAGUGGACAUGGGAAGGUUUGUCUUGUCUACAAAAGAGGGAAACCAGGCUUGGCACAAGACUCUGAGAUCUGGUUCCUGGACAGAGCACUGUACUGGCAUUUUCUCACAGACACCUUUACAGCCUAUUACCGUCUGCUUGUUACCCACCUAGGCCUGCCCCAGUGGCAGUAUGCCUUCACCAGCUAUGGCGUUAGCCCACAAGCUAAGCAAUGGUUCAACAUGUACAAACCCAUAACAUACAACACUAACCUGUUAAUGGAAGAGGCUGACUCCUUUGUGAACAAGCUGGAUCCCAGCAAAGUGUUUAAGAGCAAGAACAAGACCUUGGUCCCCAAGAAGAAAGGGCCUGUUCAGCCUGCCAACAGCCAGAAAGGACCCUCAGUUCCUCCCUCCACUUCCAAAUCUUCUUCUGGCUCUGGAAACACUGUCCGAAAAUGAAAAGUUCCUUCCGCGUGAGCUCCCCAGUGGAUUCCCAUGCCCAGAUGCCCUAGGCAUGACCCAGGCAUGACCCAGGCAUGACCCAUUCUCUGUGUAGAGCCAGAGACCUGUCCCCUCCAGAAUGACCAAAACCUUAGGCCUUUGGUUUCCAACUGGAGUGAGUUGUGUGCUAUAGAGUAUUUUGGAUAUUGUUUAAAUGGCUAAAUGGAUCUGCUAAGAUCUUUCCUUCCUUUCUGCCCUCACUCUCCAUCCCCCCCACCUUUCAGCAGUGAUUAUAGAGAAAUUCCCCCCAAAUAAACCACUGGUUUGGAGCCAUGACCUGGGCAUUAAAACUACUGUUGAACUGAAAAGUGAAAAAUUCAACUCCUCGAUUAUAUUAGCCAGAUUUGGAGUAUUUGUGUGGCUAAUGGACUCUCUUAUUAGGUAGCACAGAAGCUGUAAAACGAUUCCAUCUUCAUCCUGCUCUGCCCAGCACCAUUGACAGCUGUGCUGUACAGCAUUAUGUUAAAAUAUUUUCAUACUGCUUCUCCUUAGAUCAGUUGAUUUCUGUUAGAGAAUGUGGAUUUAUCUCUGAUGGGUGGUAAUGUUUCAUGAAAAUUACUGCAAAUACAGUUGUAUAUAUCUUUCAAUAUACAAAUUACAGUUCUGUUCA